CAAAAAACAAACAAAAUUGGCUUAUCUAUGUUCCUAUAAGUGAUCACUUACCAAAAACGUACGAAAUGUUCGUGAAGAUGAACUUCAGCCAAAGUGUUUUAUAUUUAUUACUAGCAGUAUUUAAUCUUAGUUACGUGAAAUCGGAAUGGAAUACGAAAGACUUCAUGAAAAGAGAACAUUCUCUAAUAAAACCCUAUUAUGGUUCAGGUAUAGAUAUACCUUUUUGGCAAUUUAUGGGUAGUACAAUGGUAACUCCCAAUUACAUUAGAUUGACCCCUGAUCUACAGAGUAAAACCGGGGCAAUUUGGAAUAUAGUGCCAGUCACAGUAAGAAAUUGGGAUUUGCAAGUUCAUUUCAAGGUCCAUGGAAAAGGGAAAAACCUAUUUGGAGAUGGGUUUGCUAUUUGGUAUGCCAAAGAUAUUUUACAAGGAGGUCCGGUUUUUGGAAAUAAAGAUUUCUUUCAAGGGUUGGCAGUUAUUUUAGAUACUUACAGUAAUCAUAAUGGACCUCAUAACCAUCAACAUCCAUACAUUUCUGCCAUGGUUAAUAAUGGUAGUUUGCAUUAUGACCAUGAUAGGGAUGGCACACAUACUCAGCUAUCAGGAUGUGAAGCAAAAUUCAGAAAUCUAGACUAUGAUACACACAUAUCGAUCAAAUAUGAAAAAGACGUAUUAAUAGUGUCAACUGACAUAGAGAACAGGGCUGCUUGGAAAGAGUGUUUAAGAGUGGAAGGUGUUAUUUUACCAACUGGAUAUCACUUGGGGUUGUCCGCAAGUACGGGUGAUUUAUCGGAUAACCACGAUGUAAUAUCAGUCAGGUUGUUUGAGUUAGAUCUUCCAAAUGAUCCUAGUCCAGAUGAGGACCGAAGCAAAGUACUACCAUCAGCAACCUAUUUUGAACCAGCAAGAGAACAUGUAGAUGAUGCUAAAUCUUCUGGCUGGUCCGGAAUAAAACUAUUUCUGGUAAUGCUCUUAGGUGGAAUUCUCUUGGUAGCAGCUGUUGUGAUAGGUAUCAUGCUCUAUCAAAAACAUCAAGAAAAGAGUCGCAAACACUUUUAUUAAUUUAAAAAAUUUGUUUUCAUUUCAUCACAGGUUUGAGUUGAGAUUGAUGUAAAAGAACUGGUAAAUAUAAAAUAUGGUUUUUAUAUUUUGUAAUUAUAUUUAUAUGUAAAUAA